GUCACGGAGGAACAAUGAAUACAUUUGCCGUUCUAUUCGCCUGCAUCGUUGUUGCAACAUGCGCGCCAUUUGAAGGACAAGGCGAAGAAGUACUUGGAAGGCAUCAAGAACAUCACGACUAUUAUGCUCCACCACAUUACAGCUUCGAAUAUAAAGUUCACGACGAGCAUAAAGGUGACGUCAAAUCUCAUCAUGAGACCAGGGAAGGCGACAAAGUCAAAGGAUUCUACAUGCUGAAAGAAGCCGACGGCACUGUCAGGGAAGUUCAUUACACCGCCGAUCACAAAAAUGGUUUCAACGCUGAGGUCAAACGAGUUGGACAUGCCGUACAUCAAGAGGUACCAGUGUACCAACAAAAAGUAGAAGAGCAAGGCCAGAAAGAACAUUACGACUACUAUGCACCACCUCAUUACAACUUCGAAUACAAAGUCCACGACGGGCAUACUGGAGAUGUCAAAUCUCAGCAUGAGACUAGGGAAGGUGACAAAGUCAAAGGAUUCUACAUGUUGAAAGAAGCCGAUGGUACAGUCAGAGAAGUCCAUUAAACCGCUGAUCACAAAAACGGUUUCAACGCUGAAGUCAAAAGGGUGGGACAUGCUGUCCACCAAGAAGCACCAGUCCCAGUGAAUCACCAAAAAGUAGAAGAAGAACAAGGCCAUGAGGAACAUCAUGACUACUACUCACCACCUCAUUACAACUUCGAAUACAAAGUCCACGACGGGCAUACGGGAGACGUCAAAUCUCAG